AGGUCUAGCUGCGCGCAGUAUAUGACAGUACGUCAGCAGCGGGAUGGCCGUAGCUGUGGCGGCGGCUGCAGGAGCCCGAGCAGCCGCGGCCGCAGUGGAGGCUGGAGCCCGAGCGGCGUCCGCGGUGGCACCCCGGGGAGUUUAAGAUGGCGGCGGGGGGGGCGGCGGGGCUGCGGGAGGAGCAGCGCUACGGGCUGGCGUGUGGGCGGCUGGGGCAAGACAACAUCACCGUGCUGCAUGUGAAGCUCACCGAGACGGCGAUCCGGGCGCUGGAGACUUACCAGAGCCACAAGAAUUUAAUUCCUUUUCAACCUUCAAUUCAGUUCCAAGGACUCCAAGGGCUUGUCAAAAUUCCCAAAAAUGAUCCCCUCAGUGAAGUCCACAACUUUAACUUCUACUUGUCAAACGUGGGGAGAGAUAACCCCCAGGGUAGCUUUGAUUGCAUCCAGCAAACACUCUCCAGCUCUGGAGCCUCCCAGCUCAAUUGCCUGGGAUUUAUACAAGAUAAAAUUACAGUGUGUGCUACAAACGACUCCUAUCAGAUGACGCGAGAAAGAAUGACCCAGGCAGAGGAGGAAUCCCGCAAUCGAAGCACAAAAGUCAUUAAACCCGGUGGACCAUAUGUAGGGAAAAGAGUGCAAAUACGGAAAGCACCUCAAGCAGUCUCAGAUGCAGUGCCUGAGAGGAAACGGUCAACCCCCAUGAACCCUGCAAAUACAAUUCGAAAGACACACGGUGGCAGCAGCGUUUCUCAGAGGCCAUACAGGGACAGGGUCAUUCACUUACUGGCGCUAAAAGCCUACAAGAAACCUGAGCUGCUUGCCCGACUGCAGAGAGAUGGUGUCAAUCAAAAAGACAAGAACUCCUUGGGAGCAAUUCUGCAACAGGUAGCCAAUCUGAAUCCUAAGGAUCUCUCCUACACUUUAAAGGAUUAUGUGUUUAAGGAGCUCCAGCGAGACUGGCCAGGUUACAGCGAGACAGACAGGCGGUCACUGGAGUCGGUGCUCUCUAGAAAACUAAACCCGUCUCAGAAUGCUGGCACUAGCCGGUCAGAGUCUCCCAUGUGUUCCAGCAAGGAUGCUGCCUCAUCUCCUCAGAAACGGCCUCUGGAUUCAGAUUUCAUUGAUCCUUUAAUGAACAAAAAAGCUCGAAUAUCUCACCUGACAAACAGAGUCCCACCAACAUUAAAUGGCCAUUUGAAUCCCACCAGUGAAAAGUCUGCAGGCCUCCUACCGCCCCCUGCGGAUGCUGCCAUCUCCACACCCUCACCACUGCCUUCAACCCACCUGCCUGUCUCAAAUCCUCCUCAGACUGUAAAUUCCAACUCCAAUUCCCCUAGCACUCCAGAAGGCCGGGGAACUCAAGACCUACCUGUUGACAGUUUUAGUCAAAAUGGUAGCAUCUUUGAGGACCAGCAAGACAAAUAUACCUCUAGGACUUGUCUGGAAACGGUGCCCCCUGGCUCAGCUCUGCUAAAGUGUCCAACGCCUAUGGAAGAGAACCAUCCAGUAUCUCACAAGAAGUCCAAAAAGAAGUCUAAAAAACACAAGGAAAAGGACCAAACAAAGAAUCAUGACAUUGAGACCGUGGAGGAAAAGGAGGAAGACCUUCAGAGAGAAGAAACUGCCAAGCUGAGUAACGCCAGUCCAAGUCCCAAUGAAGGAGUUGAAGGUUGCACUGCCUCCACGGAGCCUUCUUCAACAAUUGAACUCCCAGAUUAUUUGCUAAAAUAUAUUGCUAUUGUCUCUUACGAGCAACGCCAGAAUUACAAGGAUGACUUCAAUGCUGAGUAUGAUGAGUACAGAGCUCUGCAUGCCAGGAUGGAGACCGUAGCCAGGAGAUUCAUUAAACUGGAUGCACAACGAAAACGCCUUUCUCCGGGCUCAAAAGAGUACCAGAAUGUUCAUGAAGAAGUCUUACAAGAAUAUCAGAAGAUCAAGCAGUCCAGUCCCAAUUACCAUGAAGAAAAAUACAGAUGCGAGUAUCUUCAUAACAAGCUGGCUCACAUCAAAAGACUAAUAGGUGAAUUUGACCAACAGCAAGCAGAGUCCUGGCGUUAGCGCUCUGCUUGGACCAGAAGAUGUGAAUAAACCUAAGCUUAUUUAUUUAAAAUUCCAGAUGAGUUCCUCUAGAUUCUAAAAGAUGAAACUUUGCUUGUUGGAAGUUUCAGUAUUAGUAAACUUGAGUUACUUUCUCUCUCUCUCUCUCUCUC